CAGCAGCCCACAGUGCGCGAACUGUCCGGCAGCAAAGCAUUCUGGGCCAGUGCGGUGACAGACGCCAUGAUUUUUUUACUGUAGCUGGACUAGAAAAUGGAUGCUUUCUGCUAGUUAGCGUUAGUUGAAUGGGUGUCUGUAGCUCCCAGCGGGGUUCAGUGCUAUAUUUUAAACUACCCGUCUUGGAUAUUACAUUUAGAGGAUACACAACUACAUGUCGGGUUCCUUUAAAUAUGAAUUGAAUCUGAUAUUACACUAGUUAUAUGAGCUGAAGUGGUGCUGGGUUAGCUGUACGCUAGCAGCAGCUAGCUGGCUAAUGCUAGCCGUCACCAGCGGGUUGCCAACGUUAGCUAGCUCAACUAGCUAAAUGAGGCUAGCACGAUAAUAAUAACCUGAUCAGAAAUCACACUCAGCUGAAUGACAGAGAUAUCAAUCGGACCGACGGCUACACCUUAAGGUAUGGCCGGGAUUUGAUUUGGACAGUGCUGGUGAUGGCAGAAGGGACCGACACUGGCGAAAUGCCCUCCUUUGACCCAAGUCCUAGUUCUGAAGCAAAAAAAAGACCAAUUUCUUCUGAUGGCAGAGACGAGCCCAUGAGGAAAAUGCCUGUGUCAAAAUUUGGUUCAAGACCUCGAUUUGAGCCUGUACACUUUGUCAGCGGUGGAAGCAGCGGAGGAACUGCCGCUGAUGAGAAGGAGAACGAUAAGGAGCGCAGGAGGAGCGAGUCCCAUGGUGCGAGACCAUGGGACUCUGAACACUACAGCGGCAGAGUGCAGGGCUCUUCCUCCCUAAGGCCUGCUUUUGACAGAGUGCCAUCUUACAGUUCUGACUCUUGGGGUUCCCAAAGAGACAAAGACAGAGACACAGAGACCUUUUCAGGUAGUACAAGUGGGUUGGGGUUUGGAGGACAUGGGUCCACUUCAAACUUCAUGGCAAAAACACAGCAGGACUACUCAGCCAAGUAUGAAGCGCACUCUUCUCGAACUCCAGAUUCUUAUUCUCAGCCCCAAAGAUACAAUGGAUACGGGGGAGCGAGCAGAUCAGGAGGCUGGGAUUCAGGACGUCAGGGUUUUGGGUACAGUAAUCAGGACCGGCCGCCAUCAAGCAGGCCAUUCAGCAGAGUGUACAACAGCCCGGGCAGGAGCAGCCCCGCCACUUCUCAGUCGGGCUCUUUAUCACAACCUAUUCCUAUUUCUAUAUCUCAGCCAACAUUAGAUGAGAAGCAAAGGCUGAUUUCCAAUGUAGCGUUUGCAUUGGCUGUUGCUUUGAAGGACCCUAUGUUCAUGACUGGAAGUGAGUCGCCAAACUAUAAUUUCAUGUUGAGCCGCAGCAUUCAGGCCUGUAAGACCAAUCCUGAGUAUAUUUAUGUCAACCUGAAAGACAUUCCUCAGGCUGACCUACCGAAGAACAGGAAAGUACCAACAGACGGUUACGCCUGUGAACUGAGAUGUCAGGGUGUGUAUCUUGCUACCGGAUACUCUGGUAGUAAAAAUGGAGCGAGGGACCGGGCCUCUGAGCAGGCUGUAAAACUCUUUCUGAAAACAGUUGAGGUUCGUGUGGUGCAGCGCAAAUACAGACACUCGGUAGUCAGUGACAUAGUGGUUUGCCAGAUCCACAGCCCUACCCCGGGCUUUUUACCUGCACUCCGAAACCCAGAGGAUAAACCGACACCCAGCUCCAAAGGCCAAUACGAGCCUGACCAACGGAAGCACUGGACAGAGUUUGUGGUCAUGGACAAUGCUCACGACGCCAUCUGCAUACUCAACAAUUCUGCAGCUUUUAAUCGCAUGAAGAUAGACUAUAAGUUUGACCUGCUCCCCAACAACAGUGCUUGGCUGUGCAGUGUUUUCCUGCAGAGUGAGCUGGUGGCGCAGGCAACAGGUACCAAAAAGACCUCAAAGCAUUCAGCGGCUGAAGACGCAGUGAGGAAACUUCGCAUGAACCAGGCACAACGACAGCAGCAGCAGCAAGAGCAAGAGCAGCAGCAGCAACAACAACAACCGCUACCACCACAAUACUCCAGAGGAAAUAAUCAAUCAGAUUGUGGUGGACGCUUUGGGCAACAGGUUAACAAAAAGAAGCAUCUGAGCGAGUUGGUCAUUCUGGAAAACUCUGACAAUGCAAUCUGCAUCAUUAAUGACACAGCGCAGUUUAAUAAAGUGACUGCUGAUUACAAGUUCACGGUUCUGCCUGAUCAUCGCUGGAGGUGUGAAGUUUACUUGGAAGGACAGUAUGUAGCCGCAGGAAUUGGACCCAAGAAAAUAGUGAAGCACAUUGCAGCAAAGGAGGCCUUAACUACACUGAGGCAGACGCAGGCUGUGGUCAAAUCCAACCUAAGAAAGGAGGGGCACAUCGACGCCAUAUCCCGAUCCCAGAUCCUGGCUCGCUCUGGUGAAGAGGCCACGAGGCAGGAGAUUAAGGAAGACAACAUCGGAAACCAGCUGCUCCGCAAGAUGGGCUGGAAAGGAGGUGGUCUGGGCCGAGAUGGGGAGGGCAUCGCAGAACCAAUCAAAGUGAAAGAACAGUUCUCCAGAGAAGGGUUGGGUCUGGACACUGACAAAUCUGGAAACCAGCUCAGCAAGCGUGAUAUUGAGGACAUCAUUCGUAACUAUGCCAGUUCAGACCGACAGGAUGAUCUUCGCUUCUCCACUGACCUCACCAACGAUGAACGAAAGCAGAUCCACCAGAUAUCUCAGAAGUACGGCCUACGGAGCAAGUCGUACGGACAGGGACGGCAACGGUUCCUUAUAGUCAGUCGCAAAGUACACAAAGACCAGCUCAUUGGUCAGCUUUUACAGGAGGGACAGGUGGGACGAUAUGAGCUUGUGAAACCUCAGGCCUCUCAUUGAUUUGCAUGCUGGGCAAAAUACAAAACAAUCAUCAAACAUCUGCUUGGACUUCAGUACAAUUCACUCAAGUGUAACUGCGGUGUUUAUACUUGUAUGUGACAAACUUGCAACACGUUAAUAAAAGAGAACCCUUCAGGGAUCACUUGUGGUUUCUGCAUUCCUUUGCCAUGAAAUGUAUUUAAGCUUCAGCAGGGGCUUUAGGAUAAGUGAUUUGUCUUUUUUUCCUGUGUCCUGCCAUUCCAUGUCUAUUUGUUUUUAACAUUUGCACAACAAGCUUGUACUUGAUAUCUUGUGGUAUCAUGUUCUGAAGAUGUUCCGGUUAUUUUGCAAAUUUUUAAAGAGGACUUUGAUGUUUUUGUCACCAAAAUCCACUUUGUUUUCUGGCUAUUUAAGGAACCUGGCAAAAUAUGCAGAUGUUUACUUCGUUUGUGAACAUUGUUGACUCGCGUGAGGCAUCAACAUCAAACUGUAGCUCGGUGUCAGUCUCACUGUAGUGGUACAACUCUCUCUCUCUCUACCAGCAAUGUCGGCCAUUCUACAAAUACAAGCUGCAUCCAUAAUCAGAAAAUUCUUCACAUGAAAACUGUAAGCUGUGAUCUUUGUUAAAUGUCAGAAGUGUUGGUUUAUGUGUACAGUCAACCUGUCUGCUUGUUUUCACAGCUGUAAUGACUAAAUAAAUUAAAACUGAUGACCAUAAGAUGGAUAUUUUUGUACUGAGUUAAAAAGAAACAAAGACAACUGAUGUAUAUUUAUUUUAUUUACAAGAAAAUGUACAGUUAGUUAAAUGGGUUACCAGUGCAAAGUUUUAUAAUCUGGAAACGGACACCAUCCUGUUUAAAACGGUAUCAGCCUAGUAUGUCAGCUGAUUUGUAGGAUUGUAAAAUAGAAUAGAAAUGUUCACACAGCCUUUAACUGUCAGCAUUAUGAAACUCUGUGCAUGAAACAAAGUUAAGUGCCCAGAAAGGGUACUAAAUGUCAUGUUUCUGUGUUGAAGAGGGACAUAUAUCCACCAAUAUCUAUAACGUUCUUAAAAUCAAAAAGGCAUGGCUUUACAAGAA